AAUAAUAUCUUCAAUAUUCAACCCCAUCCCCUUCCGUCCCUUCUAAUUCCGAGGCAACCCCCCCCCUUAAAAACACCAAAAAAAUGGCAUCUCCCACCCCCCGGAUCGGCAUCCUCUCCAUCGGCGACAUGGGCAUGGGCAUCGCCAAGCUGCUCGUCGCCCACGGCUUCGCCGUCGCGACCAACUGCAAAGGCCGGAGCGCCGAUACUCUCGAGCGGGCCCAAAGCGCACAAGUCGAGGUCUUGAGCUCGGACGAGGAGCUCGCGCAGUCCUGCGCCGUCAUCCUCUCCGUCGUGCCCCCGCGCGACGCCGAGGCCACCGCCCAGCGCAUCGCCGACGCCCUCACCGGCCCGCUGCGCAGACCCGAGGGCCACGAACCGCUGUACUUCGUCGACUUGAACGCCGUCGCCCCGUCCACCGUGAAGCGCAUCGCCGCGCUCUUCGACGGCACCGGCUCGCGGGGCCCGUCCGCGCGCUUCGUAGACGGGUGCAUCCUCGGGGGCCCGCCAUCUCUCCUGCCUUCUCCCAACCCCACCACCACCACCACCACCACCAGCGAGCAAUGGAAACUCCCCAGCAUCCCCACCUCGGGCCCGCACCCCCUCUCCUCCAUCCCCCUCUUCGGCGCCAAGCUCGCCACCGUGCUAAACACCCGGCACCUCAACGCCGUCGUCGGCAGCGCAAGCGGGCUGAAGAUGUGCUUCGCGAGCCUCAGCAAGGGGUACACCGCGCUGGCGCUGCAAGCCGUCACCACCGCGCACCGCCUCUCCAUCCUCCCGGAGCUCGAGUCCUCGCUGCGGACGAUCAUGCCGCCCGCGUACUACGACAACGCCGUGCGCGGCGUCACCGCCAUGCCGCCCAAGGCGUACCGGUGGGUGGCCGAGAUGGAGGAGAUCGCGCGCACGCUGAGCGAGGAGGGCGGGUUCUCGGAGGACAACAGCUUCAGGGGGGCGGCGGAGGCGUUUCGGAUUGUGGCGCAGGAUACGGUGCUGGGGGGGGAGAAGAUUGGGAGGAGGGAGAGGGGGACGACGGUGGAGGAUGUGGCGAGGGCGAUGGCGGAGGGGAUGGAGGGGAGGAGGAAGAAGGAUGAGUAGGUAGGUA